UGUUUUUUUUUCUUUUUUUUUUUUUUUUUUUUUUUCCCUUUCCCUCUUCUCUUUUGUUUCCCUCUCUUUUUUUCUUAUUAAUAAAUAAACCGAGCAAAUAAAACAAGCUUUUCAUAUAAAUCUAAAAAUGACAACAGAAAAGAAAGAUUGGAAAUCAGAGUUUUAUAAAAAUGGCAUUCCAAAAGAAGUGAUUGUCAUUGAAGAUACUCCACCACCUACAACUACAUCAAACAAUAAAUCAGUUAAUUAUCGUAUAGAAAAACAGUCUAUUCCCUUUUUGUUGGAUCCACCUGCUGCUUCUACACGUUCAAAGAGAUUAAGAAAAGAUUUUAUUUCAAAUAAUACUAUUUUACCUCCAUUUACCACAGCAGGGCUUCCUCCUCCUCCUUCUACUACUACUGCUACUGCUACUACUACUGCUACUGCUACUGCUACUACUGCUAUUACUACUUUUCCUCCCACACAAAGUCAACCCAUCAAAAGAAGGAGAAAGAAUAAUACUAUUCCUAAUCAUAAUAUAGUAAGCAAAUUAUAUAAUAAUACAUACAAUAUCUAUAACACCUUUUAUUAUUAUUAUUUUAGUCCUGUGAUGAUAAAGACGGACAUUAUAUUAUAAAACCAAAUGAAUCACUUACACCACGAUGUAAGUUAAAUAUAUAUACACUCAAUCAUCAUAAGGAUAUCAAACAUAUUAUUAUUAGAUAAAAUGAUGAGAUUGUUAGGACAAGGAACAUUUGGAAAAGUAGUCGAGUGUUAU